UUGUUCACUGGUUCAUGUUUCCGGGGGGGGAGUUUCAAUGUAACACCACAACAUUGAGCUAUCAGACAGCACAGUCCCUCUCUCCUAUCUGUUUCUAUCCCUCCAUCGUUCUGUCCUACCUUUCCCUGGUAGCAGCAGCAUGGUUCUGUCUGCAGCCGGUCAGCACCUCCUCAGGGUCAGUCGGCCUGGUGCCUGGGGGCAGCACCUCCUCAGGGUCAGUCGGCCUGGUGCCUGGGGUCAUCACCUCCUCAGGGUCAGUCGGCCUGGUGCCUGGGGGCAGCACCUCCUCAGGGGGAUUGGAUCUGUUUCCACCACUGCCAAGGGCUUCCAGGAGAAGGAGAUCAGAGAGAAACUCCAAGCUUUCCCUGGGGGAUCUAUAGACCUCGUCAAACAGGAGUCAGGCAUCGCAGUACUGACCGUCAACAACCCUGCUCGAAUGAACGCUUUCUCUGGUUCUAUGAUGGUGGAGCUGGAGGAGAGGGUGUCCCAGCUAGAGGAGUGGACGGAGGGCAAAGGUCUCAUCGUCCAGGGGGCUGCCGGGACAUUCUGCUCUGGGUCAGACCUCAAUGUUGUCAGAGAUAUAUCCAACCCUCAGGAUGGGAUGAAGAUGUGUAUGUUCAUGCAGAAUGUCCUGACCAGGCUACUGAGGCUUCCUCUGUUGUCUGUAGCUCUGGUGGAAGGGAGUGCACUGGGAGGAGGAGCUGAGCUCACUACUGCCUGUGACUUUAGGUUGAUGGUGCCAGGCGGUAUGAUCCGGUUUGUCCAUAAACACAUGGGUCUGGUCCCUGGGUGGGGAGGUGCGGCUAGAUUGGUACGCAUCGUAGGCAGCCAGAACGCCUUGAAGAUGCUGGGUGGCGCUUUGAAAGUAGACCCAGAGAUGGGGCUUCAGAUCGGGCUUGCGGACGGCGUCCUGGAGGGUUCCCUGGAUGGGUCUGGAGCCAAUGCCCUCCUGGAGGCAGAGCAGUGGUUGGGUUGCUACACCACAGGUCCUGCCUCGGUCAUCAGAGCCAUAAAGAACGUGGUGGUGUCUGGGAGAGAGCUCCCCCUAGAGGUGGCCCUGAGGACCGAGAGGGAUGUGUUCGGGACAGUGUGGGGAGGACCGGCUAACUUACAGGCUCUGGCCAGUAAAGCCAAACACAAGUGAAUUAACUAGUGUUGCGAUUACAUUGUAUUCUCGUCCUAAUGUUCUGGAGAAACGUAGAACGCCUGGAAUGGAAGCCGUCCACCAACCCAAACUGAGAAGACGAGAAUGCAACGUUGAGGGUCUGAACUCAACCAGAACACACUGAACUAGUGUUUUCAUUCUGACGAUUCUGUUGCUAAAAAAAAAAAAGUAUCUU